AUGGACCAGAGUAUAUCAGGGACCGGCAAACGACGUGUUAGGCGCAAUAAUGUGAGUGACGAAAAUCCAGUCGCUUCAAAGCGGCCAGCGACGAAGACGAACGCAGCUAUUACGACCAUACCAGUGCAGGAAAGCUCAUCGGCCGGAGAACCCGAAACAGAUGAGCGUAAUAGAUCAGUCAACCCAUCACAGGUUGAUGAUCUUCGGAUUCUUGCCAGAGAGCGAUAUUUGAAUGAUCGAGAGAGUCUGAAAUUACAGGUCUUGCAGAAAGAGCUGACCCUCUUGGAACAAGAUGUUGCUAGGGAGGGUUGGGAUUCUUUGACCAAAAUAGAACAAGACGAAAUUACUCUUAAACGAGAAUUGAUUUCCCUCGUUCAACAACGAGAUGGAUCUAGUGGAGAGAGCCGCUUCCGGUUCCAAGAUGACUACGUCGAUGAAGACGGGCAUGUGGAUGUCGCUCGGAAACAACAAUUGUUGCAGAGAAAGCCAACCCAACAACUUGAACCUAAAACUCGUCAGCAGCUUUGGGAGGAGCAGCAGCUUGAGAGUGCUGUAAAGGCUAGUGGCGACGUGGACGCAAUCCACGUUGCCGGAUCCCGGCAAUACGAGUUUGUAUUUGAUGACGACGCACUGAUCGACUUUACCGGCGACGAUGAAAACACACUUCCCGAGGUAGAGUCAGCAUAUGACCAAAAGCUGCUGGAUGAGCUCGAUCGAGAACAAACGCGGCUGCAGUCCAUACAGGAUACUCGUCGGAGUUUGCCCGUGUACAGAUUUCGAGAGCCUCUUCUAAGCGCGAUCAAGGAGCACCAGGUUCUAAUUGUGGUGGGUGAAACUGGUUCUGGUAAGACCACCCAACUUCCGCAAUAUCUCGUUGAGGAAGGAUAUACCAAAAGUGGCACCCUACAAAUUGCCUGUACCCAACCCAGACGUGUGGCAGCGACCUCAGUAGCUUCUAGAGUGGCAGAUGAGAUGAACGUUGUUUUAGGGAAAGAAGUUGGAUAUUCUAUACGUUUCGAUGAUAAAACGACACCCGAUAAAACCAUUCUAAAAUAUAUGACGGACGGUAUGCUUCUAAGAGAGUUUAUGACGGAUCCUGAGCUAAAAAAAUACGCAUGCAUUAUUAUAGAUGAAGCACAUGAAAGGACGCUAGCUACCGACGUGCUUCUUGGACUGCUUAAAGACAUUUUGCCCCAUCGCAAGGACUUAAAGCUCUUAAUUUCAUCUGCCACGAUGAACGCUGCUAAAUUCGCUGAUUUCUUUUACGACGCGCCAAUCUUUAACGUACCUGGUAGGCGAUUUCCUGUAGAUAUACAUUACACACUCCAACCAGAAGCCAAUUACCUUAAUGCCUCUAUCACAACCAUUUUCCAGAUCCACACUACCCAGCAAGUCCCCGGCGAUAUUCUCGUCUUUCUUACAGGUCAAGAGGAGAUAGAGGCGGCCAAGCAGAAUCUGGAAGAGAUUGCGCAUGUGUUAGGGAGUAAGGUAAGGCCGCUGAUAAUAGCGCCGAUCUAUGCUAAUUUACCACAGGAACAACAGUCGAAGAUUUUCGAGCCCACUCCGGAAGGAUGCAGGAAGGUUGUACUAGCCACUAAUAUCGCAGAAACGUCACUUACAAUUAAUGGAAUAAAGUUUGUAAUCGAUCCGGGGUUUGUGAAAGAAAACUCAUUCGUACCUUCUACUGGAAUGUCGCAAUUAUUGACAGUCCCUUGUUCAAGAGCAUCAGUUGAUCAGCGUGCCGGACGUGCUGGGCGUGUAGGACCGGGAAAGUGUUUUCGAAUCUUCACCAAGUGGUCGUAUUUCCACGAAUUGGAAUUGCUCCCUAAGCCAGAGAUCCUCCGAACUAACCUAUCCCAAGUGGUUCUACUUCUAUUUUCAUUGGGCGUAACUGAUCUAAUAGACUUUCCGUUACUUGAUAAGCCCAGCAUUCCUGCCUUGAGCAAAGCAUUGGAAAACUUAUAUCUCCUGGGGGCACUUAAUAGUAAAGGCUCAAUAACAAGGCUUGGUAGAAUGAUGUGUGAAUUCCCGUGUGAGCCUGAUUUUGGCAAAGUCAUGCAUACCGCAGCGACGCACGAUAGUUGUAAAGGGGUCCUUGAAGAGGUUGUUUCUAUAAUCGCAAUGCUCCAUGAAACGUCUUCCAUUUUCAUACAGGAAAGGGCAAAUCAUGACAGCAGUAAGAGCAGUAUUGCAGGUAAGGUCUUUAGCGACCAUGUGCUUUAUUUGGAGACUUACAACCGUUGGAAAGAUAUGAAUUACUCGCGUUCGUGGUGCUUCGACCACAAAGUCCAAUACAAAACGAUGAUUCGUGUUCGAAACAUUCGCGACCAGCUUUGGAGAUGCUGUGACAAACUGGGUUUGGUGGCUCUCAACGACCAGGCCUCGCAUACCUUGAAUGGUUCUAGUAACCUUGAGCCGAGAAUUAUCAAGUGCUUCAUCUCUGGUUUCCCCAAAAACAUUGCGAAGCUGGGUACUUCGGGCUACCAUACUAUGGGUGUGCAGCAAGGUGGUGUCAAUGUCAGCGUCCAUCCCACCAGUACUGUUUUCCAGUCGCUGAGGAAAGAUAUGGUCAAACCUUCAAAGUUCAUAUUGUACCAAAAGUUGGUUCUGACAUCCAAGGAAUUCAUGCGAGACUGUAUACCAAUAGCUCGCGAAGAAUGGCUUAAUGAAAUGGUACCACACUACUUCAAGGCAAAAGACCCCCAGUGA